CUCAAUACUAUGCAGCCUGGUCAACAACUUGAAGGUUUGAUUAUUGGAAUCAUCAGUCCACGCUUGACAGCAACCUCUUGGGAUGGCGUCAGAUUAUUUGUGGUUUGAAGGCAUCCCUUUCCCCUCAGUUGGAUUUCGAAUUGAAGAUCUGAAAUCUGUCAAAAAUGAAUUUGUAGUGAGAGAUGAAGAUUUCAUUACACUUUCCUACCCAAAGUCAGGCACCCAUUGGUUGCUGGAGAUCAUCAGUCUUAUCUACUCCAAGGGAGAUCCCAACUGGGUUCAAUCUGUUCCCAUGUGGGAUCGUUCUCCAUGGAUAGAAACUGAAGAGGCUCAUGAACAGUUACAAAAAAAGGAAGGUCCACGCAUCUACACCAGCCACCUGCCCAUUCAAUUAUUUCCCAAAUCGUUCUUUGAUUCCAAGGCCAAGAUGAUUUACCUACUCAGAAAUCCCAGAGAUGUUCUUACUUCUAACUUUUACUUUUUUAGACUACUAAGUGGAGUAAAACAUCCACAGACAUUUGACCAAUGUUUUGAAUGGUUUCUUCAGGGAAAUGUUCCCUAUGGAUCGUGGUUUGACCAUUGUCAAGGCUGGCUGCAAAUGAGAGGGAAAGAGAAUUUCUUGGUGGUAACAUAUGAGGAGCUGCAUCAGGACCUAAGAACCACUGUAGAGAAGAUCAUUCAGUUCUUGGGGAAAAAGCUUGGUCCUGAAGAACUCAACUCACUGCUGAAGCAUGUAUCCUUUAAAGCCAUGAAAGACAACAAAAUGAGCAAUUUGACCCUACUGCCAGAUACCAUUAUGGAUCAUAGCCAAGGGAAAUUACUCAGAAAAGGUAGCUGA